AUGCGCCUUGGCCCUGGGUCAUUGUGGUUGGUCAUGGAGGCAAUGUCCGCAUCGGGGGUCGUUAAGGAGGCCAUCCGGAGUGUUGCGGCGGCCGUAGGUAGCCCGAUGGUCAGGUUGUGGAGGAACUCCAAACCCGACCUCGAGGAGAUGCGGAGAACCCUUGUCCUGCUGGAGGCCGGCUUGAGAGACGCCGAGCGGCGGUCCAGGGACGAGGAGGCGGUGCGUUUGUGGCUAGAACAGGUCAAGGCCGUCGCUCGCGACAUCUCGGCGCUCUUGAACAGCCGCCGCCGCCGUCGUGGAAGGGUUUUUGCAAAACUUAGUUUGGUUAAGAAGAUAGAAAAGCUAAAGGAGAAACUGAAGGCAGUGGAAGAGAAACGCCAUAUAUUUGGUUUCACCUUCCAUAACAGCUCAACUAUUGAGGAUACAUAUGCUAAAAGGGAAACAAUAGCAUGUGUUGAUGAUGAAUUUACAAUUGUUGGUCGAUCAAGAGAGAAAGAGGAGAUAGUAAGGACUCUAUUGCAGUCCGAAAGUAAAACGACCAUUCUUCCCGUCCUUGGUCUUGGCGGAAUGGGUAAGACCACUUUGGCAAAACUAGUCUUCAGUGAUAGCAGAAUGCAAGAUUUUGAGAGGAGGGCAUGGGUACAUGUUUCCCAAAAGUUUAAUAUGCUAAGAAUAGUAAAAGCUGUUAUAUCUCAAUUUGAAGGGACUGCUGAUGGCUUUGAUGAUCUGCAGUCUCUAUACAAUCAACUAGAGAAAAUUUCUAGUGGCAAGAAGUGCUUAAUUGUGCUGGAUGACUUGUGCGAGAGUGACAUUGAACUGUUGCGCAAACUGAAAUUAAUGGCGAACUGUGGAAAAGAGAGGAGAAUGGUUAGGAUAAUUGUAGCAACUCGUAUUGAAGCAAUUGCACAUGAAUUGUCUACAGUUAGUCCUUAUAAAUUGAGGCCUUUAUCGAAUGAUGACUGUUGGAAUGUGUUCGAACAAAUUGCUUUUCAGUGGACAAAUGAAGGAGAUCUGCAUGUGCUAGAAGCUAUUGGAAGAGACAUUGCUAUUAAGUGCAAAGGUUUACUCAUGGCAGCUCAUGCUGUUGGAUCCAUGCUUCAUAAUAAAAAUGUUGACUUUUGGAAAGCUGCCAGAGAUAGUAACACUUGGGAUCAAUGUUCUUCUCACAUCGAUGUCUUGCCGUCGUUGAGGUUGAGUUAUGAGCAUAUGCCAUCUUAUUUGAAAUCAUGCUUUGCCUACUGUGCCAUCUUCCAAAAAGGUUCCACCAUAGAUAAGGACAAACUAAUUCAACAGUAG